AUGGAAAGACGCUGGCCAAGGGACAUCACAAUGAGGGCUGCGGGUGUGAAUUUGCUCAGUUCGGAUGCUGCCCUGAUGGAAAGAGCGUCGCCAGAGGAGCCGCUUUCUAUGGAUGCCCCGAUACUUGUGCUCAGAGCCAAUACGGUUGCUGCCCGGACGGAAAGACGGGAGCCCGCGGACCGAACAGGGAGGACACCCCUCACCGGUAUACUCGAUAUGGAUGUUGCCCAGAUGGCGAAACGACAGCUCUUGGACCACGAUUGGAGGGAUGCAACGAUUGCCGAUAUGCCAAGUACGGUUGUUGCCAAGAUCAGGAAACGAAGGCGCUCGGCCCGAACUACCAAGGUUGCCCAUCCACCACUCAGAUGCCGUUCAAGCGCGGAGGUAUCGUUUUAUAUGCAUAUUAAUACUGUUAUGAGUAUCGUCUCGCCACCAAUGAUCAGGCAUGUGACCCUGCCGAGGAUAAGGGGAUCCGUCUGCGGCUCCGGAUACAAGCUGUCGUGGUACUACGACACGGCCGAGGGGACGGUGCUCGCAAUUCUGGAGAUGUGCAAGGAGGUCUGCGUCGAGCCCCCACAGAAGGGCCGCUGCUACCUGCCAAAGAACGAGGGACCACUCCGUUGCGACUCGCCGACCGCCCGCUACUACUACGAUCACAACACGCGACAGUGUGCCGCUUUCUGGUGGAGAGGAUGUCUCGGAAACGCCAACAACUUUGACAGCUGGGAGGAGUGCUCCACUUUCUGCAAGGACAUCGGACCGCUGCCCGUCGAGCCUGUCACUGAAGCCCCCAGGGCACCCGAGCCACAGUUCGACGUGCGCCCAGCCGCGGAACAACAACCCGCCCAGCCGGUACGCGCUGAUGCCAAGGACACGACUCGCCCGGCGCCGCCCACAAUGGAGGAGAUCUGCCGAUCGACCGCCGAUUCGGGCCCGUGCACUGAAUACAAGGAGAGAUGGCACUAUGACGCCACCUCCGGCCAAUGCCAAACGUUCACCUACGGUGGAUGCGGAGGAAAUCUGAACCGCUUCGAGUCGCGCGACGAAUGCCACAGGAGAUGCUCAUUCUUGCAGGGUGGACAACAACAGCAACAGCAACAACCCCGAGGAGGACAGCAGCCGCGGGGUGGUCCCGGCGCGAACUCGCUCUGCGACGAGAACAAGGAGACCGGCCCGUGCACCCAGUUCCAGACAAAGUGGUACUACAACAAGGCUGAUGGCACUUGCAAUCGAUUCCACUACGGUGGCUGCGAGGGAACCGGCAACCGCUUCGACACCGAGCAGACGUGCAAGGCCGCUUGUAGAAGCACCAGGUGGAAG